AUGUAUGUCAGAAGCCCUCUGCGGAGUAAAAUACGGAUAAUAUUCAAGGAUGAAGAGCCGUUAUGGAUGCUAUUAAAGCCAGCUGUAGAAGCAGGCUGGGAUGCCUGUCUGCAGAACCUUGAGGGCCAUAAUAACUGUGUAAACUCGGUUGUCUUCUCACCUGAUAGCCAGCGGCUCGCCUCAGGUUCAUCUGAUAAUACAAUCAGGGUCUGGGAUGCAAACUCAGGCGCCCGUCUACAGACCCUUGAGGGCCAUAAUGACGGGGUAUUUUCAGUUAUCUUCUCGCCUAAUGGCCAGUGGCUUGCCUCAGGUUCAUAUGAUGAGACAAUUAAAGUCUGGGAUGCAAAUUCGGGCGCCUGUCUGCAGACCCUUGAGGGCCAUAAUGACCGGGUAUUGUCGGUUAUCUUCUCGCCUGAUGGCCAGCGGCUCGCCUCAGGUUCACUUGAUGAUGGUAUAAUUAGGGUCUGGGAUGCAAACUCAGGCGCCUGUUUACAGACCCUUGAGGGCUAUGAUUGCUCGGUAUCGUCAGUUGUCUUCUCGCCCAACGGCCAGCAGCUCGCCUCAGGUUCAGCCGACGCAAAAGUCAGGGUCUGGGAUGCAAACUCAGGCGCUUGUCUGCAGACUCUUAAGGGCCAUAAUAGCCCAGUAAACUCAGUUAUCUUCUCACCUAAUAGCCAGUGGCUCGCCUCAGGUUCAUCUGAUAAUACAAUCAGGGUCUGGGAUGCAAACUUAGGCGCCUAUCUUCAGACUCUGGAGAGCCAUAAUGACUGGGUAUUGUUAGUUGUCUUCUCGCCUAAUGGCCAGCGGCUCGCCUCAGGUUCAUCCAAUGGAACAAUUAAAGUCUGGGAUGUAAACUCAGGCGCCUGUCUGCAGACCCUUGAGGGCCAUAAUGACCAGGUAAACUCAGUUAUAUUCUCACCUGAUGGCCAGCGGCUCGCCUCAGGCUCAGACGAUAAGACAGUUAGAGUAUGGGAUGCAAACUCGGGCACCUGUCUGCAGACCCUUGAGGGCCAUAAUAACUGUGUAAACUCGGUUGUCUUCUCACCUGAUGGCCAGCGGCUUGCCUCAGGUUCAUAUGAUAGCACAGUUAGGGUCUGGGAUGCAAACUCGGGCGCCUGUCUGCAGACCCUUGAGGGCCAUACUAGCUCAGUAUACUCAGUGGCCUUCUCACCCAAUGGCCAGCGGCUCGCCUCAGGAUCAAACGAUAACACAGUCAGAGUAUGGGAUGUAAACUCAGGCGCUUAUCUGCAGACCCUUGAGGGCCAUAAUGACCAGGUAAACUCAGUUAUAUUCUCACCUGAUGGCCAGCGGCUUGCCUCAGGUUCAUCUGAUAAUACAAUUAGGGUCUGGGAUGCAAACUUAAGCGCCUGUCUGCAGACCCUUGAGGGUCAUAAUGACUCGGUAUUCUCAGUUGUCUUCUCACCUAAUGGCCAGCGGCUCGCCAGCCUCGCCUCAGGUUCAUCUGAUAAUACAUUUAGGGUCUGGGAUACAAACUCAGGCAAUUGUCUUCAGACUUUUCAUAAUAGCCAGUCCAUUGGAUUCAUAGCAUUCGACGCAACAGAUGACUCACAUCUCAUUACUGACCUUGGAGUCCAAAAAAUUGACGCGUCUAUUAUAAAGACACCACCCGAAGUAUUAUCACGAGAUACGGGCUUUCAUUACUAUGGCAUAAGCUCUGAUGAAACAUGGAUUACGAAAGAUAAUAAGCCUCUGAUUUGGUUACCUCCAGAGUAUCGACCAAAUGCAUCAGCUGUGUUUGGAGCUACAGUUACCAUUGGGUUCCGCAUAUAUCGACUGCGCUACACGCCUCGCAAUAGUGCUCUUAUUAUCUCCAUUCGAUCGGAAGUUGGUUCGACUGGGCUCGAUCGGUCGGGCGACUACGGCUCGACCAAGGACGACUUGAAUAAAGGAUAA